AUGGGUCGUAUGCACAGUAAAGGUAAGGGUAUUUCAGCUUCAGCUUUGCCUUACAAGAGAACCCCACCAAGCUGGCUUAAGAUUUCUGCUCAAGAUGUUGAGGAUAACAUCUGCAAGUUUGCAAAAAAGGGUUUGACUCCAUCUCAGAUUGGUGUCAUUCUUCGUGACUCUCAUGGUAUUGCUCAAGUCAGGAGUGUUACCGGAAAUCAGAUCUUGCGUAUCCUCAAGGCUCAUGGUCUUGCUCCUGAAAUUCCUGAGGAUUUGUACCACCUCAUCAAGAAGGCUGUUGCCAUCAGGAAGCAUUUGGAAAGGAACAGGAAGGAUAAGGAUUCCAAGUUCAGGUUGAUUCUUGUUGAGAGCAGGAUUCACAGGCUUGCUCGCUACUACAAGAAGACAAAGAAGCUUCCUCCUGUCUGGAAAUACGAGUCAACUACUGCUAGCACUCUGGUGGCUUAG